CUAAAAGAGCAAAUACUUUUCCACCUUUGAUGUUGAUCCUUUCCACAUCUUAUUUAACUAGCAUCAGAAAUAUUUUGUUAAUUAUUGCUGAUGGAUUCAUCUUGGAGUUAUGUGUUCAGUGUGGUGGGGUAACUUUCAUCCUGUUCCAAAUAAAAGGGGUGUGAAGAGGCACCUGCUUUAUAUCAGCGUGUUAUGCAAGCAGGUGACGCUGCUAAUUCUGAGAAAGCAAGACUGAAAAGGUGAAACCAGUUUUCUUGGUACAAAGUGCUGCUAGUGUCAACAGACCAAUGACAGUGGCAGUGGGAAGUCCUAGUCCUACUUCUCAAAGGCAGCACGCUUAGAGUAAACUUAUUACCUGUGGAUUCUUUGCUUGUCUAACAUCAUCGUCUCUUAGCUAUAAAGAGUCUGGAGUAGCGUGCAGUAAGACACAAAAUAUUGUGUUGAUGUAAGAAAGAAGAAAUUUGGUUUUAGGUUCUGGAGUCAAAGAAACAGGAAAACUAUUGGUGCUGGGGCAAAUUCUGACAGUGCUGCAAAUAUUUACCUGAAUUUUGUGGUUUUGGAUGUCUAAUCACUGUUUGGUGAUAUAAGGUGAAGUGAACACUCCGAUGGCGGACAGGAUUCCCUGGUGGAAGGCCUUCACCGGCAGGGUGCUGAGCAACAUCCUUAAAGACGCUGGGAUUCAGCAAGAUCAAAGCUCGGACAGCAAAAACUCCGGCUUCACGAGCGAUGGCGUUGAUGCGUCACAGCUCGAGCCUGCUUUAAUCGAAGGCACGUUCAGCCGCAACCUUUCCGUCUCGCGCUCCGGCCGCUUCAAGGAAAAACGCAAGGUUCGAGCCACUUUGCCCGCAAACAAGAACUUUUACGACAGCAACACAGCCGUGGCCAAGUAGCCAUGCUAACAUCCUAACAUCCACCACAGACACUGACACUGACCGCAGAAGACCUCUCAAAUCGAAAUGAGGAAAGAAAAAGAAAAAAACUAUACUAGAGGUUAAUAAAAGCAAUUAAAGCCACCUUAAACUCACACAAUGCAAAGAAUUUAAAACAUAAUUUGUUAAUUAGGGUUAUUGGAGUUAAUUACCUGUUAGCCUAUUUAGUCAAGCUAAAUGCCAUCAGCUCUGAGAAGAAGGGAAUAUUUAUUUAUAUCUAAAUUCAGAAAAAAUCUCUGCUGUAAGUUUCAUUGUCAGUGGGGGUGGUGCCUUUUCAUUUUACCCAGAAACGUGGAUAUAAAAGAUUUAAAGCGCAUAAUUGGACCUAAUUAAGAGUAGGCCUAAAGCUUUAAAGGUACACUACACACACUACCACAUCAGUGACAAGGAAGGGUACAGUUUAGUGCCCUUUUUCUUCUGAGAGUGUACACACCAGCACACUUAGCACACAUUCAGAAAGGGGUCCCAAGUACAACCCCUAGAGGAAGACCCUUUUUAACAAGAGCCCAUUUUCUAAGUGUGUGUUUAUAUAUGUGUGUGUGUGUGUGUGUGUGUGUGGUUAUGUGGUUUGCUAGUGGGUUAAUUGCCUGUUAUGGAGUCUUUUCCAUUCUGAUGUCUCUUGUUGUUGUGGUAAAUGUUAAUGCAACGCCUGGCUGUUGUUCUGCUGUUUAUUUGUUACUGAUAUGAAGGGCCACUUAUUUAUUAUCUAAAAUGUUAAAGUUUCAGUGCUUUUGUAACUGUUUGUAUGAAGGAUAUUUACAUAUAUGCUUAUAUAUGAAUGUAAAUGUAACUAAAUGUUGAUGUUGGUUGUUUUAUAGUCUGGUUUGGAUGUAUGAUGUAGUUUCAAGUAACAUACUUGCAGGUGGAUCCCUGCUGUCAUGGCAGUUCUGAAUAGGAUCAUUUUUUGCACUAAUGGAUUUUUUUUAAGGAUUAUAAUAAUCAACAAUCAUGUGAAUUUAAUUUAGAAAUCUCCUAUAUGGAUAUAUGACAAGGUCAUAUAGUCAAAAACCAGUCGAUAUAUUACUGAAAGGAGUGUUCUGUACAAGGACUACUACUGUAAGGACAAAUUGUACAUAAUGGCAGGUUGUGUAAUCUUCAUAAAUGGAUGGAAUUUGAUGUUUAACAGUGUAAAUGGAAGUGUGCUGUAGGCUAGUUAAUACUGAUACAAAAAUACUGAUGUCUUACUAUCAUGUUGUUUCAUGGAGGAAUCACUGUUUCCUUCCCAUUUUCAUGGAGGUUGACAUUAAAUAAACAUAAGCACACAGCA